AUGUCGGAAAAAUUCUACGUUACAUAUAACCAGUCGGCGGAUAGAAUCCUAAAGGAUUUUCGCCCCAAUCUUAUGAUCGCCAUUGGAGGAGGAGGAUAUGUACCAGCGAGAAUAUUGAGAUCGUUCCUUAAGCAACCUGGCGCUCCUAAUAUUCCUAUCCAAGCCAUCGGUCUCUCCCUCUACGAGGAUCUUGGCAAAGGUGAUAUCGAAGCUCCGGGUACCAAGGUUACAAGAACACAAUGGCUUGAUAUGAGCUCCCUGGAGAUGGCAAACUUGAUUGGGAAAAAUGUCUUGAUUGUAGACGAAGUUGACGAUACUCGGACGACUUUGGAGUACGCAGUCAGGGAGCUAGAGAAGGACGUGGAGCUCGCACAAAAGCAACUUGGUCGCCAGGGAGAGAAGACCACUUUUUCGAUAUUUGUUCUUCAUAAUAAAAAUAAAGAGAAGAAGGGGAAGCUACCCCCAGAAAUGUUGAAAGAAGACAGAUAUCUUGCUGCUGUCACCACAGAUGAUGUCUGGAUAUGUUAUCCAUGGGAAGCUAAGGACAUCGAAGAGCACGACAGACUCGCUGUGGAACACCCAUUGGUGUCAUAA